GUAGCUGCAGGAAGUUUUGUCUCUUGUGAAAGUCACGUGUUUGUGGUGUUGUACGUGUGUUACAGAAACAUGAGCGCGUCGUUAAUAGUGCAGAGGUUCGCUGCCCUGAGCGGGGCUCUGGCGGUCACCGCCGGCGCUUAUGGAGCUCAUGGGUUCAGGCUGAGUAACAGGAAUGAGUACCAGAGAGAGCUCUACAGCACGGCCAAUACCUAUCAUUUCUACCACAGUUUGGCUCUUUUGGGAGCCUCUCGAUGCAGGAAACCUGCUCUGGCUGGGGCAAUUCUCCUGACAGGCAUGGGCUGCUUCUGUGGUCCUCUAUACCACCAGGCUUUAACGGGUGAUCCCUCCUUUGGCAAGCUGGCACCUGUCGGGGGCGUACUUUUCAUUGUUGGCUGGCUUGCUAUGGCACUCUGAGCUUUGAUCUCCUGGUGGUUGGCAAUUACUUUCUGGCAGAGCGUUUAAUUUAAGUGUAAAGAGCUGGAGAUAUGGUGUGGUGGGUGAAGUUGUUUAAUCAAGUAAGGAAAAUAAUGAUAAAGCUAUAGGAUCAUACUUUCCUUUUUACAGAAAAAAUUAUACAUAUCCAGAACUUGGCCACACAAUCAGCACUAGCAUUUUUGCCAUUAUUCCUUAAUCAUAAACGGCCAAUGAGAUGACCACCAGGGCACAGAAUCUUUGAGAUGACCACCAGGGCACAGAAUCUUUGAGAUGACCACCAGGGCACAGAAUCUUUAAAGUGCUAAAAGAAUUUAAAGAAUUUCAAGUGUUUAAAGAAUCUAUUGCUAUCUGCUUGUUCAUUUCCCUAUAAUGUAUUAGCUUAUGGAUGUCAUCCUGAUUUUAGAAAUGUUUCAUUUACGCAUUUGAAUCACCGAUGGAUUGAAUCCAGGCAAAAAAUAAAAAAUAUAUAUUUGAACAAAA